UAUCAGGUGACAUAAUAUGUAAUGUAAACAUGGCGGUGUCAUUCCAGGUAAGAGCAUUGUAUGAUUUUGAUGCUCAACCUGGAUCUGGUGAGUUGAGCAUUGCUGCUAAUGAAAUUCUUACUGUCACCAAUCAAGAUGUUGGUGAAGGCUGGUGGGAAGGAGUUAAUAGUCGUGGACAGAAAGGGCUUUUCCCAGCUGGAUAUGUGGAGGCUGCAUCCAGCCAACCUCCUCCAGCAAUGCCACCUCCUCCACCACCAGCUGAUGCUCAGAUAACUGCUUUUUCAGAAUCUGUUCUGCCUGGUGUUGAUGCUGUGGAUGAUUGGGAUGAUGACUGGGAUGACGAUGAUUCUGUAUAUAGCCAGGAACCUGGCGCAGCUCAGAGUCAAGUUUCUAAUACAACUUUUGUCACUACCAAAGAAUCUCGGGAUUCACAAAGAGCAGUAGAAUCCAGAGGAACUCUAAAGAAAAGUUUCAACAGGUUUUCUACUUUUGUAAAGUCUGGAGGUGAAGGUUAUAUAUUAGGAGAGACUAAAAUAUCGGUUCCUACUGAACAAUGUGUUACUAUACUAGAAACCAAUGGAGAAAUACAGUGGUUGGAAAGUACUUCUCCUUACACAUGUAGUGUAGAUUCACCCAAUAAAAAAACCAAAUUGAAAGGUUUAAAGAGCUUCAUUGCAUAUCAGCUUAGACCUUCAUUUAAUAACAUUGCUGUUAGUAGAAGAUACAAGCAUUUUGAUUGGUUGCAUGAAAGGCUUGAAGAAAAAUUUACUUUAAUACCUAUACCUCCUCUUCCUGAUAAACAAAUCUCAGGACGCUAUGAAAAAGAUUUCAUUGAUCAUCGAAAAAAUCAGUUACAGAUGUGGGUUAAUAGAAUUUGUCGUCAUCCUGUUUUGUCUCAAAGUGAAGUUUGGAUGCAUUUUCUCACUUGUACAGAUGAUAAAAGGUGGAAACUAGGCAAAAGAAAUGCUGAAAAAGAUAAGCUUAUUGGUGGAUCCUUUUUUCAUGCCAUUUCAACACCCUCCAUACCUUUAGAGAAUGCAAAUGUAGAGAAACAGAUAGAACUUUUUAACAGAUUUGUUAUGAAAAUGGAUGACAGUGUAAAACAGUUGUUCAAUGUUGCUGUUGACCAGCAUAAAAGAUAUGCUGGACCUGUCAGGAAAGAAAUUCAAAGAAUGUCUGAAUCCUUCAAUGAUCUUGGCUCAGCUUUUGCAAUGUAUUCAUCUGAACAUUCUGAUUCUCUUACUACUGCUAUAAAAUACACAGCAGGUGUCUAUGAGGAUCUCGGGAAAAUGUAUGAAGAACAGCCAAAAUAUGAUGCUGAACCAAUGGCUGAUGUACUUCACGAAUAUAAAGGAAUGCUUGCUGCCUGGCCAGAUGUACUUCACAUUCAAAAGUCGGCAUUGAACAAAGUUGCAGAACAUAAGAAGUUAGCUGAAGAUGGUAGACUUAGUCAAGAUGAUGUAGCAGCUAUUAGUCAGCGUACAGAUGUUAUUUCUUAUGCAACAUUAGCUGAAAUUAAUCAUUUCCAUAAUGAACGGGUUGCUUACUUCAAAAGCAUGAUGGAAACUUACCUUACUGCUCAAAUUGAUUUCUAUCAAAGAAUUACUACAAAACUUCAAGAAACAUUAGCUUAUUUCCAGGCAUCAUAAUAUGUUACCUCUGUCGAAGCUGACUUGUAGUGGGGAUGGUUCAUACAAGUUUGUUGACAAUCCAUCCUAUUCUUUAAGUUCCCAGUUUAUGAUUUCAUAUUAUAAUUUUAUUUUCUAGCUUACUUUUUGUAAACUGCAGCUUCUGAAGAAUAGGACUGUUAAAAAAAAUGAGCUUAUCUAUGUAUUUUGUAAUUGCAAAAGUAUGUUGUAAGCUCAAGAGCCUAAAACUUAAGCAUUUUUUGAAAAAAGUGUACAGUCUAUAUAUUGAAAGCAAAUGUACUGUAAUUUCUAGAUAUGAAUUUCUUUCUUUCUUUUUUCCAUGUUGUGUAUUUUUAUAGUAAGUUAUAUAGGCUUUAUGUAUUGAGGUACUUUCUAGCUUUACUGUUAAUUUAUCAUUUGAUGAUUCAUUUGUCAGUGUUUUAGACCAAAAAAAAAAAAAUAAUAAUAAUAAAUAAAGUGUUCUAUUAUAUAAAAAAUAUUAGUGCAUUGAUUAAUAAAGUGAAUCAAUACUUGUUUAAGAUUUUAUUAAUGUUUUUUUGAAUAUAAGAUUUAUUUAUAUUGAAUGAAAUGUAUAGAAUGAAAAAAAGCCUGUGAUAAAUUUAUGAAAACAGGUAACCUUAAGUCAUGAUUAACUUUUUAUGUAAUAUAUAGUAUUGAAGAUAUUGUCAAUGAAGUGGCCUUCUAUUUGAAUUAUGUUUUGAUAAAAAUUUAAUAUGUAUAUUUUGUCAAUUUUAAAGUAAUUCAGUUAUCUGAUUUUUGUAGAUUAAUAUCCUGCCAGUUCUUAGCAUUAUAGAGAACUUUUACAACCAGCUUAGCCUUUGUAUAGUAAUUAAACAGUCUACAAAAUCAACAUAUUUUAUUAGAUAAAUCUUUCAAGUUUUUGAUGGUAAAACCAAAAAUAUUUUGUAAUGAAUUUUUAUAAAUAUACAGUGCGUUUUAUCAAGAUGUUUGUAUUAGUUUAAAUAUAUAUAUCCUGAACUUAGCAGAGUAAAUUAAAAUAAAUAUUUAUUUUAUUUUCUUAAAUUAAUUGGAAGUCAUUUUCAUUUUGAUUUGCAAAAUUAUUUUCUGUAAUGGGUGUUUGUUUAAACUUUUCUUUCUUUCUUUUUCUUUUAAUUCUGUGGGACCAUUUAAUAUGUAUUUUUAAGUGUGUGUUAUUGGUUACUUAUAUGAGUUUAUGCUUAAUGAUAUAUUUGUUUCGUAUAAUUUAUAUCUUGCUUGUAUGAGAAAAAUCUCAUUUAUCAUCAUUAAGAUACAUAUUUCAUUGGCUAGUCAGAUUCAUGUUUUAUUUAAAUGUGUCACUGGUACAUACCAUUUUAGUUUAGUUACAUUUGCUUAUAUAAUUAUAUCCAUUAAGGUAGCUCUCUGUGUUUUCUUCAUAGAAAUGGAGGCUUAAAAAAUGUUAUCAUUGGAUUUGUCUAUGUAAUAAUAUGAAUUUGUUUCCUUCUAUUACAAGGUUUGUCCUUUCUUUAAUAUAAAAUUUUCAAAAUAUGUGAAGCUUUUUAUUGUAUAUUUAUAAACUUUUAUGUUGGUGCUAUUAAUUAAACAUUUGAAAUUAAAAUAUACAUUUGUUAGUAUUAAGAGUAAAUUCUACUAUAAAAAAAUUUGCAUGAUUAAAAAUAUAAAAUGAAUUUAUUUUAAAAUUCUUAAUGCAUUUACAGAUCAGAAUAUUCAAAAUUGAAUUUAGAAACUGUAGGCCAUAAUUACAAUAAUAAGUCAUAUUUUUAAAGAGGUAAUUGUUUAGUAAUCUGUAUAUAUGCAUGACUUUAUUAUUUAAAUAGAAUUUUUAAUAUACAAACAGUUAUAUCUUCAAACUGAGUUGAUUCAAUUUUUGUUAUUAGAAAAGUUUUAAUGCAAUUUUUUUGAACAUUUGUAAGACUGUAUAUAAAAAAAGUUUAUUAAAUAUCUCUAUAUUUCUUA